GCCAGUGGAAAACGGAAGAGAAAGGGCUUAUACAAUGUCGAAACCUAUCAUAGCUUAUUGGAACGUCAGAGGGAUCGCAGAAUCUAUCAGGUAUCUUUGUGCGUAUACAAAGACAGAAUAUGAGCUCCAAGAAUACGUCACUGGCGAAGGACCUGAAUACAAUAAAGAUGGCUGGUAUUCUGUGAAAGAAAAUCUUGAUCUUUCAUUCCYCAACUUGCCAUAUUACAAGGAAGGGAAUGUCAAAAUUACGCAAACCUUGGCAGUCAUCAUUAACGCGUUUGUAUUUGAUGAGCUCGCGUUAUUUAAAAGCAGCCGUGACACAGAUGGCAGCCUACAUCAUUAUAGUAAUCAUKGUGUUUUACUAGGUGGGAAGACCGAGGAAGAGAUGAUCCUGUGCGAUAUGGUGUCACAAGAGGCUAUGGAUUUCAUCAUUGGAUUUGUYAAAGCUACAUAUUUCUGCCAGAAUUUCGAUGACGACAUCAAAGUUCUCUUGAAGAACAUACGUACAAAUGUCAGACGAUACGCCAAUCAUCUUGGUCAGCGGCCUUACAUGUCAGGAGAGAAUCUUACAUUUGCUGAUUUUAUUUUCUGGGAAGCAAUGGAUCAACUCCACACUCUUGAUUCCACAGUGUUUGACGGGCAUGACAACUUGAAGGCUUACAUGAAAAGAAUCGCGGACCUACCCGGAGUCAAAGAGUAUCUAGUAUCUGACCGUGCAAAGGCCAGGCCAAUUAGCAACAAGAUGGCUAAAUGGGGAGUCAAAGCAAUGCCAAGGCCUGACUUCUAAGUUGGUCUCAAGAUUCUAAAGCCCUAUUGUUGACUGCAAAUCUUGACCAAGUUUAAUAMAUUGUAACGAAAUAAC